CUUCCCGGCGCCCCGCCCCGCCCGGCGCCCCACGGUUGCCGUCCCAGUUCAGCCUGCGCCCCGGAGCGCUCUCUCCGCCGGCGCCCAGAGAUGGACCGAUUCUGACAGGAUGUAGUGCUGCCGCGUGCCUGAUGGGAUCUGCUCAGCCAUGGCGUCCGAGCUCGGCAAGACCAUCUCGGUGGCAAGGCUGGAGAAACACAAGAACUUGUUCUUAAACUACAGGAAUCUCGACCACUUCCCGCUGGAGUUACUCAAAGGCGAAGGGCUCCAGUUCCUGGAGAGACUCUAUAUGAAAAGGAACUCGCUGACCACCUUGCCAGAAAACCUUGCUCAGAAGCUUCCAAACCUGGUGGAACUGUACCUUCAUUCAAAUAACAUAGUUGUGAUUCCAGAAGCCAUUGGAUCCCUUAUAAAACUCCAGUGUUUGGAUCUUAGCGACAAUGCCUUAGAAAUCGUUUGCCCAGAAAUUGGUCGUCUGAGAGCUUUGCGUCAUCUUCGAUUAGCUAAUAACCAACUGCAAUUCCUACCUCCAGAGGUUGGCGAUUUGAAGGAGCUGCAGACACUAGACAUUUCUACCAAUCGUUUGCUAGCUUUACCCGAGAGGCUUCACCUGUGCCUUUCUCUGCAGUACCUCACCGUGGACCGAAACCGGCUGUGGUGUGUGCCGCGCCACCUCUGCCAGCUGCCCAGCCUCAAUGAGCUCUCCAUGGCCGGAAACCGGCUUGCAUUUUUGCCGCUUGAUUUAGGUCGAUCGCGAGAACUGCAGUACGUGUACGUGGAUAACAACGCCCACCUGAAAGGCUUGCCGUCCUACCUGUACAACAAGGUCGUCGGGUGUAAUGGCUGUGGGGCUCCCGUCCAAGUUUCCGAGGGGAAGCUGCUGUCCUUUUCAUCCGGGCCCCUCACCGUCUUCCUCCCCGCCGAGGUGAAGGCCAUCGGGACGGAGCGGGACCACAUCCUGCCGCUGCAAGAGCUGGCCAUGCGGAGCCUGCAUCACAUCUACCACCGUUUUCUCAAAGAUCUGAACUUCCUGUCUCCCGUCUCGUUACCCAGAAGCCUCCUGGAGCUGCUGCACUGCCCCCUGGGGCACUGCCACCGGUGUAGCCAGCCCAUGUUUACAAUCGUCUACCCCAAGCUCUUUCCCUUGAGAGAGACGCCGAUGGCCGGGCUGCACCAGGGGAGGACCACUGUCAGCUUUGUGGCUUACUGCUGCUCCACCCAGUGUCUGCAGACUUUUGACCUACUCAGUUGAUAAACACUCAAGAGCCUCAGGAGGGUUGCCAGCCCGACAGCACAGCUGCCUGCGUGUCACACGCUGUCUGAGCGGCGGAGGGACAGGGGCGCCAGCCAGGCCACACAGGCCCUCACAACCUGGCACGUCCGGUGCGGGGGGGACCGCAGAACUCUCUGGAAGUGUUGUGAUCGAGCUUCGGAGCUGAAAGGCCUUCGCCCUUCCCCCACGUUGGAAUAUAUCCUGCCCCCAAAUUAAGGAC